CACUCCAGGUUCCAUGGACCUAGCUGGAGGGUGGGGAGAGGCUGUACAUGGGCUCUGGGGUUCCUGUGUGAGAGAGGAGCUGUGAUGCUGCAUGAGGAAUGCAUCUGGGGAUUGUUGUUCUCGUAAUACAAGGGAAGCUGUUGCGUAGGAAUAACACUAGUAAGUUCUUUAUAAUUUCAUUGCUGAUGGUAGUGGUCUGAAAAAUGUCCCUGUUGUGACCUUUUGGUCCUGCUCUGGCUUGGAGCAGGCUUUUUCCUGGUCUUGCCAUUCCCCAAGAAAGGGCAAGCUCAAAGCUCUGUGUGUGUGGCUGUCAUGCACUGACUGUGACACAAAUUGGUGAGUCUGGCAUUCUGGGUGCAGUGCUUAAGACUCUCUUUCAGCCUCUUGGUUAAGCUGUGGGUGAGCAGAGUCAGGCUUCCUGUCCAGCAGACCGACUUUCCUCGGGACCAAAAGGGAGCAAAGACCUAUUGCCUGCCUGGUGGCUCAUGCAGAAGCUGUCAGCAGGAAGUCAGGCAGAUUUCCGCAGAGCCUUCUUGCUUCUUCCCAUCACAGGACUGCCAGUGAAACUUGCUUUUGUUCAUUUCCUUUAGGACUAGUCUGAUAGGAAGGCACCCCGCUGUGAAAUUUCCAGCUGGAAAUUCAUGGAGUGAGCAGACCAGGAAGCUGCAGAGGGAGGAGGCAGGCAGGGGCUGGAGGUGAAGAGCAGGGCUCGGAGGGACGUGACUGAGUGGGCAGCAGCAGCGGGACUGGAGGGUUGUGCCAUCAACCCUCUCACCCUCUGAGCAGCCUGCUCUGGCCUCGUACUGAGGCUCAGUCAUGGCAGCAGGGCUGUGUCAUCAGCUGUGCUGUGCCAAGGGCAAGCCAUCCACCUGAAUGUCUAUCUGUGUCCACUGAAGUGGCUCCAGCCUCCUGCAAAGCUGCUGGGGAUAAGGGUGUCCUGCCUGGGUUGCCCUGCUUGGUGUCUCCUCUGCUGCCCAAACUGUGGCUCCAUACAUGGUCCUCAUCCCUGCCUGGUUCAUUUUGCCCAGCACCUCCAACCACAGAUGCAGUUGGCACCUGUGGCUGAGGGCCUGUUCACCUGGCUCGAGCCUGUGAGGGCUUUGGAGUUUUGCUCGAGUUUUUGUGCAUGGUAAGCCCUCAUGAGAGAAACUCCCCUGUUUUAAGCUUGGGGAUAACUCCUGGAGAACAGCCAGGGAGGAAGGAGGGACUGGUGACAGAUCUGGCUUCUCAAUCCUGUCUGAGGCUCAGGGUUAAAGGAGAUGCCGGCCUUAUCUGCCUUGCCUGCUCUGCCUGUGACAGGCAGUGUAAUUUCCUGGCCUCAGGACCAAGUUGGAGGCAAUUCCAUUUUUUUAUCCUCCCUUAGUGCUGUACCCUCAGCUCCCUGAUGGUAUUUGCUCUGGACUGGACUUCAGCCCCCACAGGGAGCCCACAGCUGCAGGAUGCACACAGUGCAUGGUGCUUUCAUCCCAUCAGGGUUUGUAGGUGUUGGGCUGUGGCUGAGGAUGGCAGGGUUGGGUGGGUCUUCAUGGCAUCCUGGCAAGAGCAGGAGUGUUAUCCAUUAACCGCAGGAGGACACAGACCAACGGCAGCACAGCCAAGCUAUUAUGGAGUGAUCCGCCCUACCCUGCAGCUUCUUCUUCUCAUCUUCACACCCUCUCCUCGUGGCAACACAAGGCUGGCGUGUCUGUGUGGUGAACCACGUCUGAUCUGCUAGCAUGUUUCUGAAUAGGGCUGGAGGCAGCUGUGGGGUGCCCACGUGACGUGGGUCAGAAUCCAUGCCUUGCAGGGGGAAUGAGGAAGGUGCUGAAGAGCAUUGCGCUCUCCGUGCCUGGGCUCUGCAGCUGGGCUUGCUCCAAAAGUGGAGCCUUGACCAGAAACAAAACCCGGCAUCAGUAAAUAGCCUGACAAUUGAUACUCAACACACAAGUCUGCUGUGCCUCCCUUCCUUCCCUGUGGCUGUGAAGGGGAUGCAGUGUGUCAGAAGGGACUGCUUCAGCAAGGCUCAGGCCCUGGGCUCCCUAUCACCUGGCAUCACUGUGCAGGUACAUCAGCGUCCACCCAGGCAAGCCCUGACAAGACACCUUGCCAGAUGGCCAGCUCACCUCAGUGGAGGCUUCUGUAACCUUGGGUCUCCCAGCAGGGUGUCUAGAGCUGCCUUCAUCUCCUCUGUUCCCCACAUUAAUCUGGGGAGGCUCAGAGGCUUCUGGAGCCUGCCAGCCAAUGCCAGUGGCUGCAAAGUGCCAUUUCCAUAAGAGCAGAGCACUCGGUGGCUCUCAUCCAGAGUUUUUCGUGCUUCCCUGAGACAUCCUGAGGAUGCUCAGGAGGCCAGACAGGCUGCGAUACCAUGGCUGUGGCACACUGGGCGGUGGCUGUUUGCACUGACGUAGCAGCACAGGCUGGGAUUUGGAGGGGAUGUGACUUGCUCUUUCCCAGCUUGUGGCUGGGCUUAUUAUUGUUGGUUGUGUGUGAGAUUCUGUUUUGCUGGCAUUUGGGCAGACACAGUGGUUCCCACCUCCUGUUUGCUCUCCCCGCCUGAUCCUACUUGCAUAAAGAUUUUCCUGUUUACCGCUGUUUAGCCAAGGCCAGUGCCAAGGGUGGGAGGUUUGAGCUCUGACUUAUUUGCUCUGAAGGAGGUGUCUGCCUCAAGUCUUGCUUUGGCUCCUCAUGUGAGACCUCAGUCCUGCCAGGCUGUUUGGGGAAGCUGAGUUACUCAGGGAAGAGGGUGCCAGAGAUGGUGCUUCUGCCCUGGGUGUUUGCUCCAACUCCUUUGCUUGCACCACAUCACUGACAGCACGCUGCCUCCUUGGCUUCCCACUCCUCGGUCCACAGAUUGUGUGUUGCACUCACAUCUCUUCUGUGUCUGCCACAGAACAGGGAUAUGAAAACCCCGCUCUCAGCAGGCAGCCUCUUCCCUGCUGGGAAACAUGCAAGCAAAUGUGGCUCCUCGAGUCCCUUCAGCUCCUGGGACUUGUGGGGAUGGCUUUACCCCACUCUCUGGAAAUAGCUGCAGCUUUGGAAGUGAGUGGAUUUGGCACAAGCAGACCCACACAGGGCAUCCAUCCCUUCUCCUUCCUUUUGUUUCUGGGGAUUGUGGGGUGCCCCUUGGCUGGCACAAAGUGGGUUUUUGAGGUGAGGGCGUGAUAGACACUCCCUGUCUCUUGGAGUAUGGCCACUGUGAAAUAGCUGCAUUUAGCAUCUGAAGCCAGUUCAGGAUUUGUAAGAUGCUGUGGCUGUCUGGGCAGUGAGCAGGAUCUUGGCAGGACAGGUGACUGACAGACAGACUGCACAGGAGCCUGACAAGCCCCAAAACCUGCUUCUGUGCUCACCAUCCCCUUCCUCAGUAGGGCUGAGACAUUUAAUGCCAAAAGCAGCAGUCAGCCAGGGCCCCUAUUCUGAGCUGGCCUGGAAGCAAAAGGGCCCUUUGGUCUGUGGGGACCCAAAAUAGCCCAUGUAUUUCUGUCCCGGCCACUGGGACUGGCAGAGGACAGAGCCAGCCUCGACUCACCACAGGCCAGUGGUGGUUGGCUCCUGCAUGUCUGUCCCAUCCUCUGCCAAGGGGGCUGCUGCUCAGUGGGGAGGAAUUUCCUCUCUGAAUUUUGGAAGCUGGGGAGAUGGUGACACCAAGGGAAGAUUGUGUUGUUCUGGCUCUGGUUUUGUUUCUCUGUCCUCCACUAAAUUGGAAACAGCUGUGCAGCCCAGACCAGCCUCCAAAAAACUGCUGAGGGGGAGCAAAAUGAUCUCUGCUCCUGGGCCAGUACCCCAAACAGGAGUUGCAGCCUUCUGCUGGGCUGCCCAGGUACAACGGCAAGGUUCACUUUGUCCAGCCCUGGGGAUACUCUCCCUCCUUCUUGGGGGGCAGCAGCACCCACUGGUUUUGGGCAGCUCUUGCCUGCUGAGGAUCCUGCCAGUUUUGCGCCUUUGAAUCUGGCUCCAUAAAGGAAGGAGCUGGAGCUGGAGCUCUCUCCUGGGAGGUGGAGGUGCCGUGGGAUGCAGGAGGUGGCCAGGUGGCAGUGGGCAGGGGUUUGCUGCAGGCCAGUGCUCUCACUGCUAUUUGGUUGCUGGCUUUUCCUGCUCUUCUAUAAGCAUCCCUGUUUUGGGGACAAGAGAGUGAAGGCUCAGAUUCUCCUUGGGGAAAGGAGUUCCUGUAGAGUACAGGGUGACAUUUGGUUUGGGAGAGUGGUUGAACUGAGCCUUCCAAGCCUCUUCUGCCUUGCCCCUCACAGCAGGACUGUUUUGAGGACCUCUCAAACAGAAUGUAAGCUGUCCCCAUUCUUCUCCAGACCGUCACUGCAGGUUUCUCCAUGCUCAGCUCCCUUAUGUUGUUCCUGGCUUGACUCCUUCCUGGGUCUGCCAGCUCUGAGCUCAGUCCUGUAGCCAGCAACAUGAAGCAAUGAGGGGGGAAUCAUCUCCACUCUACAUGCCAGCACCCUAGGGGUGCCAGUGGCAGGUGGCCUCCUGCAGUCCUGCUCUUCCCCUCUGGUACUGCUCCCCAAGCAGUGACUUUGUGGUAACCAUGUGUUGUUGGUAGACAUGGCCCUACUGAGCCCAGGAGAUGGCAGGCUAUGGAAAAAUUCAUCUUACCCCUCUUUCAUUCCUCAGCUGUGGGAUUUUAUCCACUGGGUUUCCUCCCACACAUUCAUUGAGUCCUUAUCUUCAUACUUGUCUGGCUAAGAGCUGUUUUGCUCUCAGCCUGUUUUGCUGUGGGCUCCUCUUUCUGUCUCUCAUCUUUGCUCCCCUCAGCUGCAGACAGGAGGGCAAAGUGGGACAUGGUCCUGUCAGCUCAGCCCAUCCCUCUGACCUGCUUUAGCUGCUGCCCAAGGUGUGGCCAACCAAGAUACCAUGGUGCAGACAGAGACAGGGAUUCCUCUUGAGCAAGCAUGAAAGCAGGGACGGGAAAGCUGCUAAUGCAAAAGAGGUGCAUCUGAAAAGAGGUGCAUCUGACAGCCACAUCCCAAGGGGUCUUACCUAAGUGCUUUCCCAACUGACCAGGGAGCAUCCCUCCUCCCACCUGACUGGGUGGAAACAAGGACCUGCAUGUGGACAGGCAAGAGCCAUAACUGUGCCUUGUGUUGUGCACAAGGUUGGCAUUGCCUUUGUCCUCUGUGCAUGGCUGUCCUGGAGUGUGGUGGCCUGUGCCGCUACUGCGUCAAGACACAGGCUCCUCCAUGCAAGGAGGACUUGCUCCAGCUCCAGGCUGCCUCUGGCUGCUCCUUGUCUCCCAGAUGAAUUUUACAUUAAUGAUAUCUGGUUGUUCUCCCCAGGUGUCCUGUAAGGUUUUCUCCAUUUGGAAGCGGAAACGUGGCUUCCUGCCAUUGUGCUUCUUCCUGCUGCAGCCCCCAGAUCGAUUAGAGGGAAGUACCCCUUCACCCAGUACUUCCCUUCCCCAUGGUCCCCGAGCAGCCCCUCCAUUGGCCAGCCUGGCAUCCCUGGGGACUUGGACCAGCCCUGCAGACAUGGGCUGUGAGGGUCCGCUGGCUGCAGAGGAUUGCUGGACGAGGAUGAAGGUCUGGGGCAAGGCAUCCCCAGGCUCUCCCCAAACCCAUGUGGUCCCUCAAGAAGCCACAGUCAGGUGUUGUGGGCUUGGUGAGCUGUGCAUGCCCAUAGUGGAUCACUCUGUGCCUCUUCCCACUCCUUGCAGCUCCUGGAGGUGAUGAAAGCUGCCUGGAAGCACCAUCCAGGUCCUGGAGAUGGUUUCUGCCUGGGCUUGGAGGCUUCUGCAGCUGCACUGAGUGAAGCCCUGAGCAAAUCCCUCCCUCUGCCCUUGGGAGAAGGGGUCUUUAUUUUUCUAAAUUUCCACAAAUAGAGACUGAACUUAGCCCUGGAAAAACGUGUCUCCUUCCACAGCCUCCCAAAAACCAGUUUGGGGUUGUGGUUUGGAGUGGACAGUCCUUUCCCUGGGGAGAGCAGCCUAAGCAGGUGCCAUCAGAGAAACCAGCUUCUUGGAAGAAUCCUGUCUCUGCAAACAGUCUCCUGAGAUCAGCUUAUCUCUCCUCUGCUGACGCCUGCUCAUAAAUGACGUUUUCCCCCUGCUCCUGCCCUUCCCCAGGCGCUUGUGCCUCCUCCCGCAUCCCCAAACUGCCGGCUCUGGAGCAGGCAACAGCUCCAAUAUUUGUGGGGCUUUUCCUACCUCUGCCAAGGCCGCAUUGUCCCUGCAUCGUCCUGUGGCUUGAAGUGACAAGGAGCAAGGGGCUGGGACCGCCCUGUCCUUCUGCGGGACCUGGGCUGCGUGCCAGCUCUGGUACCCGAUACUUCUUCUUGUCCUCCGCGGGUGCCACUAGACCCACAGGGCUCCAGCCCCCGUGACUUGAGCCAGGGCCCACCACUCACCCCCAAGGGCAGGGGGUGUGGAGCAGGGGACACACUGCCUUCAAAUACUCCGAACACGGCGCUCACCCUGGCUCUGUCCUCUCUCCCAGACGGAGAGCAGCCAUAAGACUUGCUGGGACCUGUGCUAACUCUUGCCACACAAGAUGACAGCAAGAGACGGGCCCCAAGAUAGGUACAAGGCUGUCUGGCUGAUCUUCUUCAUCCUCGGCCUGGGAACGCUGCUGCCAUGGAAUUUCUUCAUGACCGCCAGGGAGUAUUUCAUCAGUCGCCUUGAGGACUCGGAGGAGACGAGCCAUGUCAGGAACCAGACUGAUGAGGGCACCGUCACACCCUCCUACCUGCAGUCCGUGUUUGACAACUUCAUGACUCUCUGCGCCAUGGUGCCCCUCCUUAUCUUCACCUGCCUCAACUCCUUCAUCCACCAGCGGAUUCCCCAGCAGAUCCGCAUCUCAGGCAGCCUGGUGGCCAUUGGGCUGGUGUUUCUAGUCACCGCGAUCAUGGUGAAAGUCCCCAUGGAGCCUCUUCCCUUCUUCGUCUUUACCAUGAUCAGCAUUAUUUUCAUCAACUCCUUCGGCGCCAUUCUCCAGAGCAGCCUAUUUGGGCUGGCAGGGCUCCUGCCUGUCAGCUACACGGCCCCCAUCAUGAGCGGGCAGGGUUUGGCAGGCACCUUCGCUGCUUUGGCAAUGAUCUUCAGUAUUGCCAUUGGUGCCCAGCAACCCGAGAGCUUCAUCGGUUACUUCACCACGGCCUGUGUGACAAUCGCGCUGGCAAUCGUCUCCUACGUAGUUCUGCCUCACAUGGAUUUCUUCCGAUACUACUCCAUGAAGGACAAGACAGAGUACCGCGUGUACAAUGCAGAGCUGGAGACCAAGAGAGAUCUGAUUAAGAAAGACGAGAAUGGGAUGGAGCAGAAUAACUCAAAGAUCAUCCCUAUCCACAACCCUGAUGAGCAGCCCUCUGUCAUUGCUAUUUUUAAGAAGCUCUGGGUCUUGGCUCUGUCUGUCUGCUUUGUCUUCACUGUCACCAUCGGCGUCUUUCCUGCCAUCACAGCUAACGUGUCCACUGUCCUCGGAGAGGGAAACAAAUGGGGUCUCUACUUCAUUCCUGUCUCCUGUUUCCUGCUCUUCAACGUCUUUGACUGGACAGGACGGAGUCUCACUGCCCUCUUCACAUGGCCCGGGAUGGACAGCUGCCUCCUGCCAGUGAUGGUGGUCCUUCGUGUCAUCUUUGUCCCUCUUUUCAUGCUGUGCAACGUGCAACCCCGUUACUACCUGCCUGUUGUGUUCUCUCAUGACGCCUGGUACAUCGUCUUCAUGAUCUUCUUCUCCAUCUCCAAUGGCUACCUGGCCAGCCUUUGCAUGUGCUUCGGGCCAAAGAAAGUGCUUGUGCACGAAGCAGAGACAGCUGGAGCUGUCAUGGCAUUUUUCCUGUCACUGGGUUUGGCCCUAGGAGCUGCCGUGUCCUUUCUGGUCCGAAUUCUCAUCUAGCAGAGGCACACAGAGGGUGCAGGGACACCAAGACAUGGCUCUGCAUCCUCCACUGAGGCCCUGGACACCUCAGCACUGUGGGGAAAUAACAGCUUACACCUGUCCCUGCCAAAUCACACUGCCACAGCAGACAUCACACCCAGGGAUGGUUCCACUCCUGCGGGUUGGCCUGGUUCCUGCCACGCUCGGCUGUGUGAUGCCUUCAGGCCUACGUGCCUUCUCCUUCCCCAUGCUGUGUGUGUUGUAAGACCCCCGGGAUCUCCAAGAAGUCCAGCUGUCUCCCAUGCUGCAUAACUUCCCUGGCUCGAGGCCAAAAGCCAUUUUCAGCCUCUUUCUCUCUGAGAGAGUGAAAGGCUGGUAACUAGUGUUACUCCUUCUCUUGCCCUUGUCUCCAAAGCACCUAGGAGAUUCUCUCCUCUCCUCCUAGGGGGCCUGGAAAUGUACCACACCCCUCCUCCUGCUGGUAGACUUGUGAAUGGGGAGGAGAGCCCCAGCCAGCCUUGCCAUCCCUGCUCUCUGCUAUACGCACAUCCCCCGCCCAGUGUGUCCCGAAAGUGUAGACAUCUGUGUCCCAGCCACAGAAAGAGCCAACACCAUGGCUAGGCUGAGGGAGGAGGAGGUCUCCACACCCCACCUUCUCCCCCUCUCCUUGCCUCUCUUCCCUUUUUUUUUGGUGAAUCUCACAUUGGUAUUUUUUUUUCAGCCUCCUAGUUGUGUGACAGGAGGUUCUACUGUGGGUUACAAGAGGAAAAGCAGCAACUCCCUUCCCAACAAAGCUGCCUUCCCUACCCAUGUGUGCUACAAGGGAAGGGCUCACCUCUCCCUUGGCUUUCCUGUCCCUUGUCGUGUAAAUGUGUCUAUACAGUUGCCAUUUUCUAUAAAAAGAACAAAAUGCUC